AUGAACUUUAUCAAUCGCGCGACGGGCCGCACGGGGCCGCUGCCCGACGGCGUGCCGUUCAGCAAAAUCUUCAGCUUGGGCCACAUCGAUUCGAGAAUCCAGAAGCACCUGCAAAAGGUGUACACAACGCUCGCAGCCACCCUCCUGGUGGCGGCCGCCGGCGUGUAUGCUGACGUCACAUACCAUGUCGGCGGCGCCGUAACAGGCCUGCUGGCGUUUGGGUCGCUGAUGGCGCUGGUGUUCAUGGCGCCGACGCAGCAGAACCUGCAGAAGCGCUACGCCCUCCUCGCCGCCUUCGCUUUCUGCCAGGGCGUGUCUCUGGGCCCGCUGGUGGGCAUGGCCCUGGAUGUGAACCCAGCCCUGGUGCUGCUCGCCUCCCUCGCCACGUCCCUCGUGUUUGCCUGCUUCUCCGCCGCCGCGCUGCUCACCCAGCGGCGCUCCUACCUGUUCCUGGGGGGCUGGCUGUCCUCGGCCAUCAUGGGGAUGAUGGCGCUGCGCCUGGGCGGCUGGCUGCUGCCGUCGUUCCUGGGGCGCCUGGCCUUCGAGGCGGAGCUGGUUGGGGGCCUGGCGGUGUUUGCCGGCUACGUCAUAUUCGACUCUCAGGUGAGGCGGCCACAGCAGGGUCGGAGGGAUGUCGGUGGGGGCUGA